CACCUCCCCGCUGCUAGCUCACGCCCCCCAACACGGAACGCCAACGGCGCCCCCCACACAAAACCGGGGGCAAAAGAAAAAAAAAAGAAGGAAGAAAAACCAAAAGAACGCCGGGAAUGGGCAAGCAGCAGCAGGCGCCACCGUCGCGGCGGUCCCCGGCGAUGUCGGCGCCUCCGCCGCCGCGGCGCCGGAAGAAGAAGGGCCGCCCGUCGCUGCUCGACCUCCAGAAGCGCAGCCUCCGCCUCGAGCAGCAGCUGCAGGAGCAGCAGCAGCCCCAGGCGCGCCGCUCCAACCGCCGGGACCCCGGCUGCGCCGACGACGAGGACGAUGACGGGCCCGCAUCCGGCUCUGGCCGCCGCGAGAAGAAGCUCCGCCUCGUCAUGGGCCUCCACGACGGAUCGGCCAAGGGAGAAAAGACUAGGAAAGCGACGGCUGGGCGUGAAGAACCUUCAGAUUCCGGGCCCACAACACCUUUGCCGAACAAAAAGUUAUUGGUCUUCAUCCUUGAUAGGCUACAGAAGAAGGACACUUAUGGUGUAUUCUCAGAGCCUGUUGAUCCUGAAGAGGUAUGUUUGUGCUUUCAAAGAUGAUGACUCUAUAUAUGUUUGGUUUGUUGGUUUUGAUUUUUGAACCUGACUG